AGCUGCCCGCCGCCGCCUCGCCGGACCCCAAGAAGGCGGCCGACGCUUCGCCGCUCUCCACCGUCAGCGCCAUCGUCGCCAAGACCUUCCCGCCGUCGCCGCUGCACAAGGCCGCCGCGCUGAUGUCGCAGCCGUCGCCGCGGCCGUCGAUGGACAACCGGCGCAACCUGCGGCGGUCGGGGCGCGGCGCGGGGGAUCCCCUGUCGGAGGCGCGCCUCAGCAAGCGGCGCGGGCCGCUGGGCGCCGCCUGGAAGCUGUCGUUCGCCGCCGGCGCCGGCAACCCGUUCCACCGCCACCGCCACAACCAACAGGCGCCGCACGCCGCCGGCUGGCGCAACGCGCUGCUCGGGGCCGCCGUCCUCAUAGCCGCGGCGCUCGCCUCGCUCGUCGUCGCCGGCGCCUGGCUCUACAUGUACACAGCACCCUCGAGCCAUACAUCAAUGGGGCCAGAGCGAGUUUUCGACACCGGCGAGGGCGUGAGCGUGGUAGCGGGCGAGUUCAGGAUCACCAACGAGGAGUUCGUUCCGGAGCUGGCCGACCCGGGCUCGGACGACUUCUCGCAGCUCUCCAUGCAGAUCUGUCGUCAGCUGGACGAGCUGUUCGGGCGCAGCGGGCUGUCUGGUCGGUACAACGGCUCUGCUGUGCCGGCGCUGGAGGCGGCGCAGCCCUCGGGCGUGCGCGUGCGCUGCCGCCUGCUGCUGCUCUCCCCGGAGCCCGAGCCCGGGCUGGCUGGCGUAGAAUUCCUGCGCGGGCUCAGGCACCGCCGAGGGCGUAUGUGGCUCGGGGACUUCGCCAUCGACGUCCAGUCCAUCGGCUUCCAAGCGGAGAGCGAGUCUGAGGACUCCCCGGAGACGACGACGGACGGGGAGGCGCAGCGGCCGCCGCCGCCGCAGCCGCAGUGGUCGGCGUGGUCGGAGUGGAGCGAGUGCCCGCCAGCCAGCGCGCCGUCGCGCUCGCAGAGCCGCAGCCGGCUGUGCCUGUCGGCGGCGGGCGCGCCUCUGGAGGACAUCGAGCCCUGCCUGCUGGCCGGCGGCGGCGGAGACCUGGAGGCGCGCGACUGCCCAGGGGCGGGGGCGGGGCCCGAGGGGCGCGCCGUCAUGGCCGCCAGCGUCUUCGAGGAGCCGGCCCCGCCACCCGACGAGGUCGUCGUCAUGGACCUGUCAGCUGGGAAUGAUGCUCGCCAUUGUGACGAGUGUCGGCCAGGAGAGGUGUGCGUCGCCCUAGGCACGGAGACGCUGCCCCUAUGCAGAACACCCAGUGAUCCCUCGGACCCAACUGGUUGUGGUGGGCUCUGUCAGCUGGGCACAGAGGUGUGCUACAAGUUGGACAUUGAUGCCUUCAGGUGCAUUGAUGAUUCUUUCUGCUUGCCCAGUGAAUGGCAAUGUGCAAAUCAACUGUGUAUUCCUGAAGUGAAGAGAUGUGACGGUCAUAUGAAUUGUUACGAUCACACAGAUGAAUAUGAUUGUGAAUGCAAUCUAGAGUCGAACUUUCAUUGUGGGAAUAGUACAUCGUGCCUUCCAACAAGAAAGAAGUGUGAUGGUGUAAUAGACUGCUGGGAUGGCUCUGAUGAGCUCAAUUGCACAAUAGCAUGCCCGAGUCCCCAGCAGUUUACAUGCACUGACGGUCAGUGCAUUCCCCGGUCACAAUUCUGUGAUGGUUAUGCAGACUGUUCUGACAAAUCAGAUGAGCCAUUUGGUUGUGGAGGGGAAUGCAAGAGCCAUGAGUGGGAAUGCAAUAAUGGACGAUGCAUUAUGAGGGAGGAGGUUUGUGAUGGAGAAGACACUUGUGGUGAUCUUUCAGAUGAGAAAGCUUGUCCACAGACAACUGAUGACCAACUGUGAAACUGUAACUGUGAUUUUCUUUUCAAGUUAUCUUUUAGCCAUCAGAAAUAUUUUACAUCUUUUAGUUGUAAAUUGUGCUAUGACAACAGUUGUAAGAUCACCCUAUGCCAAAGAUGUAAUUUCAGAAAUACUUAAUGUGUAUUACUCUAUUUAAGGUUUGUGGUAAUUCUUGAACAAUAAAAUGAACAGUAUUACCUGUGAGACUAAGUAAAUACUCUGUGUAAUAUAAAAAUGAUGUACUUUAUCUUGUAUAGUAAGUUGUUUUUGUAAUUUUUUUUUAUAUUAAUGAGAUGAUGUUACAUGUUAAACCCACAGGGUAAAUUAUCAUUAUUUCUCAAAGAAUUCUAUACUUAUUCCUCAGUGUGUUCAUAAAUGAGAUGAAACUAUUUUACUUAAUAUAAAUGUGUUAUUGUAAUAAUUUUAAAACAUAAAAAUGUACAUAUGUAAAGUAAUAUAUAAAUGUAUUUAUAUGUAAAUUUAAUAUAUUUUCAGCACAGGUUUAUGAAA